AUGCCAUCUACUCCUCAACCCCCGGACCAUCCCACCGCAAGUCAAAACCAGAGGAGUCACAGCAAAGAGAAGACGAAGUUGAAGACGCAGACGUCCAUGGACGAUUACAUGGACAAGUGGGUAGAGCCGCCCGUCGCCGCCGCAGCACCUUCCUAUGCCGACCAUGGGGGCGCGCCGUAUGGAGUUCUCGAUGGGAUGCAGGCUCUGGGAGACAUGCCCAGUGCAAAGGUCAAAGGCAGAGUGAAGGGCGAAGGCGCGCGCAAGUCGAUGUUGGGCCGCGCUUCCGCCGUCGAGGCUCAGGAGACCCCUCAGGCAUCACGACCACCCACCCCACAGCCCAUCGACGUUCCUGCGCCGCAUGCAAUCGUCAUCGACGACGAGAAGGACGACGACUACGCGCCGAAAGUGAACGGCGGCAAGAGGAAAGAUCGUACGACACGCAAUCGGGGUGUAAAGCGCGUGAGCCAGCCAGCCUCAUCRGCCACCCCUGCGCCUGUGCCCGUGCCAGUGUCUGCGCCUGUGCAAAUACAUCCUACAGCACCCGCUGCGGUGGUAACAACAACAUCGACACCUGCCUCUGCCUCUGCCUCAGCUCCUGCAUCCGUACGAGCCACUGCUCCUACCCCAACCCCUGUACCGGUUGCGAUGGAACCCUCUCCUCAUGCAUCCGAGUACGGCGGUGACAAGUUGAAGCGUGUAGUCGAGGCAGCCAAGGCACGUGCUAUCGAGGUUGGGAAGCCAGACCUCGCGGCUGCAGUGAACGAGAUUUACGAGCAGAGUAAGUCCGAUUCUAACCUACGGAACCUACUCGGAGCCAUUUUGGCACAGCGCGCAAGCUUUGAUCAGAAUGUUCAAUUUCAAGAUUAUGUCCGGGCAGCGAAGAAGAAGCUCAAAGACGCCAAGCAGAGGGAGCGGCAACACCCGGGAGGUUCGAAAACAAUCGAGACGCAAUCAAAGCCCAUGGCCAAAGCAUUGCCUACGAAGCUUGUAUUACAAUCUACUCCUGUUCUUCAAGCUUCUGGACCUUCUCAAGCUCUUCCCUCCACCGAGCUCACAGAGCCCACAAAAGCCAAGAUUUCCCUGAAAUUCCCAGAAAAGCACCAGCACAAAGGAAAGCCAGACAAGAGUGGUGGCAUGUCCGUGUCGCCUAGAAAGCAACGCGCUGGCAGUGUCGGGAGCGAAUCCUCUUUGACUGACCUCACAUCUAAUGAUGACUUGGAAACUGACGAGGAUGAGUUGCCUCGAGGGCCACAGCCACCAUCCGGUGCUGGCAACAAAGUCAAUGGCUUCAAAGGCCGAGACCAAGCUGCAGAACGGGGCUCACUCACAGUACCUUCUGCUGGUGCGAAGCGAUCUUCCGCAGAGGCAGAGCUGGAGAGCGAGCGCGACAACAUUCUGGCCGAGAAGAAGCAGAAACUCGGCGAGUCUGUAACCCGGGAAUACACCUACCAGGAGAGCAGCGUGCGACCGGGUGCACCMAGGUCACGCACACAGCAGGUCAGACAUGAGGCGCUCGCGCCAAAAGUGACACUGAGCGUGAACGGCAGUCGCCCCGGGAGUGUAAAAACAAGCAGAGCUCCAUCAACGGACCUCGAGUCACCACUAUCAUCACCUGCAGGUUCACGACAGAGCACGCCCAAGGUUUUGAAGCCCAUGCCAAAGCCGUUCGGCAAGCGGGCAAAAACCAAGCAAUCUCCGGAAAAGAAACAAUUGGGAGCUUUUGGAGGCACGACAGCUGUCGGUGGCGUAUUGAGCCCAAUUGGGGAUGACAAUGAAGAGCGCUCGGAGAACAACGACUUCUGCUCGGCAUGCAAAGGCAGUGGCUAUCUGCUCUGCUGCGACGGCUGCGACAGAUCGUUCCACUUCACCUGCCUGGACCCGCCGCUGAAUGCCAACGCGAAGGAACUUGACGAGCCUUGGUUUUGCUUCGUCUGCGUUGACAAUCGCCCACUUGUGCUUGAUUCGCCCGAUAAAGGUCAGGCACGCCCGACUUUGUUCGCACCGCUGUUGCGCAGUCUGAAGAAGCGCAACCCAAGAACCUUUGAGCUUCCUCAAUAUGUGAGAGAAUACUACGAGGGUGUCGCCACGGACAAGAACGGCUCUUUCGUCGAGGCGCUGAACAACAAGCCCUUGAGAAACCGUCCCGGCUACUCCGAAGAGCAGCCCGACUACGUCAAAAUUCGCGACAGCAAAAAUGUUCUGGUGACCUGCUUUUCGUGCCGCAAGUCGUCGCAGAACGCAAAUGGUCCCAAGCGUCCCAUCGUCACUUGUGACCACUGUCAUCAAAAUUGGCAUCUUGACUGUCUGGACCCGCCGCUGGCGAAUCCUCCAGCAGUCAAUCAGAACGGCAAAAAGGUUCAUGAUUGGAUGUGUCCCCUCCAUGCAGACCAAGAACUCCGCAAUGUGUCCACGUCGCAGCUGAGCCGGUCAAUCCACAUUCGCAAGCCGAAGACGCCCAAGGUCGUGCAGACUGCUCUCAAUCGCGGCCAUCGCAAUAAUGGCAUCAUUGAGAUAGCAGACGACGAGACCGACGCAUCAGACUCCGAAUUCUAUGAUCUGGAGCAAGAGGGCGGUAUCGUCUACAAGUUACCGUCUACUGGGAUCAAGCUUGAUUUCAUCCACAAGGUCAAGAGCAYGCGCGUGCAAAACCUUCGCGACGAUCAUGUAAACAACAUGCUUGCUCGCCAGUCCAAUGCACAGCCAUCUGCGCCUGGGCGAGCCGGGCUUUCGGGGCGUCCAUUCAACGAGCAGCAGGUAGCACUCAAUCUUACGCAAUUUGCCCGCCAGCACGAUGAUCUGGAUUUUGGUGCGGACAAAGUUGAGAACCUGCUGAGCACUUUGAUUGCUGAAGCGCCAGCAGAAGUUGUGAAGAGAAUGAUGGCAUCUGCAGAUCAAGCAGCGUCUGCCUCGUCUGCCAUUGCUUCAUCCUCAGAGCAGACCAAGAAGCUUUCAUCAGCAGAGCGCAAGGAUCUGGAAAUGCUGCAGGAACUCAUUCGAAGAAGGCUGGAUGGCGGCGAAACUUGA